GAAGGCGCAUAGAUCAAGAGAACCAGCAAAAGAUUAAUGACAUGACACCGCAAGAGAUUUCACAGGCGCAAGACGACAUUAUGAAGGGUCUAAAUCCGGCGCUUAUACAACGUCUGCUUCAGAGAGCCACCAUCGAUGAGCCGGACGUCAAUUCGCCGUUCAACAUGCCAGAGCCCCAGAAACCAGAGGUCGCUCCAUCAUCUUCGCCUCCCCAAAUCCGCGUCGACGACUUGCCAAAAGCUGCUACCGUUGAAGACGAUACUACAGAGACGAUCGAGCCAGAAUCACAACCCAAAUCCACACCUGCUCCUGCAGCUGCUGUCCAGGCCAAGUCGACCAAGAAAAUCGCUGAUAACUACGAUGAAGACCGUGCACCAUCCCAAAUCCCGCCCGACCUCUUCCCAAUUACUGAUCUCCCCAAAUCAACACAUUUCCCCGUCCCGCCGAGCCUCCCGGAUCUAGACCCUUCCGAUCCUAAUUUCCUCGCCACUCUUCACGAGAAAUACUUUCCCAAUCUCACCGCCGACCCUAGCAAGCUGGCUUGGAUGGCACCAAUUCCUACUGAAGAUAGCCCUGCCGACAAGGACUCAUCGUACUAUCCCCAUCCCGAGAUCAGCGUUUCGGCCCUGCGAUUCGACUUCCGUGGACGCUUCCUCUCGCCGCGAGUCAGCCGGUCGAUUCCCUCGUCUAUCGGACUGCAUCAUCACGGAGAAGCCCCCGAAGCCGCCGGCUACACCAUUGCGGAACUCGCUAGACUGGCGAGAAGUGCCGUACCGGCGCAGCGCUGCAUAGCAUUUCAAACUCUGGGCCGCAUUCUGUAUCGGCUGGGGCGUGGCGAAUGGGGAACCACGCUGAACCACCCCAUUGCCGUGGGAAUUUGGACAGCCAUCAAGGAGGGGCGAGUGCUGGAGAGUCUAACUGAGGCGAGCAUGGGCGAAGGCGGCCACAGAGGCAGCCGGGCGUACGCCGUGGAGGCCCUGUGGUUAUUCGAAAAGGGCGGAUGGCGGGAGAAGCUGCAGGUGAGGUAGUGCAGAGGCAGGAAAUGAGGCGCUCUGAAUGAUACCAAUGCGUGUUGAAUUCUGCCAACACGCGAAUUUUAUGACCAUGGCAUUUGCAUUUUGAAGCUUUCAUAUUGAAUAGCGCCUGAACAAUGCCUUCUGUGUAGGGAAAGCUAUCUACUAAGUGCAUGCAGAAUACGUGAUGGGAGAUGAGCUUGCACUGCUAAGAUUAGCCAGGGUGGGAAUAUUCUCCGUAAGCCAGGUACCUCAAGUGUCUUUUGCUAACAUGUACCUACUAUCUAUGGAGUAAAUACUUUUUUUUACAAACGCUUUCUCAUACUGUAGUAUGUUGACAUGUAUGAUUCUCAAAUGCAGCUAAGGCAUCUACACAAAAGGCCCAUAUGACGUGUACAAGCAAUUUAAUCUAUUCCGUGUCUCUAGCCCACGAGACCAAGUGGGAUGUACGUGAGCUGUCCGCAACCACUAGAUUUUGGACCCGGGGAUCCUACAUGCACCUCGUUCCCUGAUGCGGCAAUCCAGCCGCUGGGGAUACUGCCUUGGG